GCUGCUGAAGAAUCUGUUGGUAUUAUCGAUGGUAUUUUUGGCUCAAAUGAAUCUUCUCGAGCUAUCGCUUCUAUUAUUACACUUGUUCAUCGCGAGUUAAUGAACGAUCCCGAAUUUGCAUUAACUAAAAUCGGUAAAGUGGCUAUUUUGUCUGGGUUGACAAAAGCAAUGACCGCCUUUGCUGUCCUCCAAAAUGUCACACAUAAACGCACAAUGAAGCAUAUGAACAUUACUGUUCUUUGGAAGGGUCUUGUUGUUGAAGAAGAAGAGAACUCACAAGCCUUAUUGCAGCUCAAGCAAGAACAGCGCCAGCAAGAGCAGCACACAGACAUUAUUCAUGAACUUGAGGAGAUACUUACAAACACAGCAUCCAGUCAUCCUGGCUCAGGAGAUGCCUCCAAAGUCAACAACGAAAAUAGAAACCCCUAUCAUAUGUAUGAAAUAACGACCACUACCAAUCGAACCAUUACCAGAACCACUAAGAUUAGACCGAUUGAUGUCAACGGAAGCCGAGAAAUUAGUGCAAAACAAGUGAUUGAAAGGACAGAUGAACAAGAAGAGGAGUCGUUUAUUGCUGUUGUAGAUCAUCAAGUACAAGAUCCUCAACCUAUCAUGAGUAACCAGGCCCCCGAGUAUCGUCAAAUAACAGCUUAUAAUGACACUUUUCAAGGUAGCACAGAAGAAAAAAGAACUGGAUUCAAAAUCAUGUUGUCUUCUGUCUCCAAGAAAUUGGCUCGUAGAAAAGUAGAGCGACAAACAAGGUAUUCGAGCCAUCAAGACGAUAAAAGCAGUGAAGAAACAAUUGAGGGUCCUGUUCGAACAAGAACCAGUACUUCUACCACAUAUCAACAACACCAAUCUUCCACUUCUCAAUAUUUGAGUAGUCAUCAUGAUGAUGAUCCUAUGGAGGACCCUUCAUCGUAUUCCGAGCCAGAAAUAAGCAAGCCUAAAAGACGAUUGUCAUGGAGUGGCCUCAAGAUCAAGACAAUCGCUAAAAAGAAGAGUAUGACCAACUUGCUUCAAAAAGGAGGUAAUAAGCGUAAAAUUCCUAAACCAUCUGAGCCCAUACCACCUGUACCCACAUCAAAUGCCUCUGUUUAUUUACAUAACAACAACAGUAAUCAGCGAACUUCCUUAUCAAGCAUCGCACGUACAUUAAAAACGACAACUUAUUCCGAAGAAAUGCCCUCUGUAUCUAGUAAUGCUUCUAACCAAUCUCUGGUUCGAUCACCCUCAGUCCCUUCUCGGCUAUGUAAAACUGUAUCUCCUUUAGAUAUGGAGCCCAAUCCACAGAACUUUCCUCGGAAGCAUAUCAUUAGUAAUAUUGCCCAUUUUAUUCGAUAUGCAAGUGCUGCCUAUGGCGAGUCUUUUAUGCGCAUCUUGGGUAUUGGUGAUAUACCGAGUGUUUUACCUAACUCACAUCAUCCAAACCAUCAUGCUUUUGCUCACCAUACAGGUGUAGCAGUAGAAGACAUCCUGCUCUCAAGUUACACAGACACACACGUUCUUUCAUCGGUUGGUCAUUCCAAGCUACACGCGCUCGUUCAUUAUGUGACUGUAGAUCAUCAUGCAGAAGCAAUUGUGCUCACUUGUCGAGGUACGCUUGGACUAAGCGAUGUCUUGACCGACUUGACAUGUGACUACAAGGAGUUCACGUUACCUACAGACCAAGUACCUCAUGGAGAUGAAGCGAAUGGAGGCCAAAAAAGACAGUAUAUUGCACAUGGUGGCAUGUUAGAAGCAGCUCAAUUGCUUGCCACACAAAAAGGAAAAGUGUUUGAAGCUAUAAAAUUGGGUUUAGAACGGUAUCCUACUUAUGGUCUUGUGCUCUGUGGCCACUCACUGGGUGCAGGUGUCGCUAGUUUACUCAGUGUUCUAUGGAGUGAAGAAAAGCUUCAUUUCCUAUCAAGGCGUAUGAUGACCAUGCAUGAUGGCGACCACCACAUUCAAAGCCGUUUUCUAGACUCGUUUGCAGCUGCUUCCAUCAAGCGAGUCAGUUGUCCUUUUGUUACUUCUGAAUUAUCAGGUUUACCAGCUGGCCGUCCCAUUCAUUGUUACACAUAUGGAUCUCCUUGUGUUAUGUCUUUGGCGCUUAGCGAGUACUGUGGACAAGGUUUGGUAACGAGUGUAGUACAUGCAUUCGAUAUUGUUAGCAGUUUAAGUUUAGGGCUUCUGAAAGACUUUAAGAACAUUGCCGUGAGUUUGCACGAAGAAAGACAUGUGGCAGAUGAGAUUCUAAGCAGAGUGAUUGGUUAUUACCAUAAGCACAAAAACGACCAAGAACAGCAAGAAAUUCCAGAAGAAGAAAACGAACAAUGGUUUUGGGCAUUGAUUAAAACAAUGCGGGCAGAUAUGCGAGCAGAGAAAUUAUUUCCUCCGAGCAAAAUGUAUUUGAUUGAGUCUGUUCCUCAACUGGCUCAACAUACAGUAUCGUCUGGAGCAGACAGACGAGCAUCGAAACAUAAAAUGGCUCAUAUGGUACGACUUAGUCAAUGUGAUGAUGUGCAGGCACGAUUUUCAGAAAUUGUUUUUUCUAGAACUAUGUUUAUGGAUCACUCGCCCAACAUGUAUGAAAAAGCCAUUAAAUUGUUAAAUAAAGGAUAUUUUGGACAAUACUAUUAUCUAAGCAACUGUCCAGAUUCAGUAAGCCUCAAUGGCAACACGUGUGAUUUCAACCGAGACUUGAUAUAG